UCUUCCGUCAAAAAAGUCAGGUGUGUCGCCAGGGGAAACAGUGGUUUUAUACGCAUGUUCAAUACCAAAGGAAAGAAGAUAAAGAAAACCUAUAACAAGGCUGUUCUGCUGGAAAUGACUGAUCUAAGAGUUUUGAUACGACAGAACAAGCUUAAGAGAAAUGGGAAACGACGGCUAGUUGUGGACAAAGUGUUCAUUACCUACAAGGACAAAACAGUAACAUUUGAACUACAGAAGGGAACCACACUCCGUGGAAAGAAGAGCAAAAUCCCACAAUCCAAAAUCUUAAUCGGAAACAAUAAACCAACAAUCUGGAAACAGAAGACCAUUAUUGAUAAAACAUUAGGAAGUCUAAUUUUGAAAUCAUUAAAUGCAAAGACAAUCUCUUUAUCAGUUAGUCAACUUGGUUUCACAAUGAAGGUCAAACGAGGAAACAUUUUCUUCCAAGUUAUCGUUCUUUUGAACAAUGAAAAGUCUCAACAUUUUGGUCUAUGCAAGUGGGUGCCUUCUAACAUGAAUGAAAUGAUGUUUAGCCAGUACCAAACAUAUACGUCGUCAUCUCCGAUAGCCAUAAAGGAUCCUGGAACCAAGUGCACUCUAUCAGCUGACUUCAGUAAUGAGGAUUACUUUGACGACUCUGACAUAACCAACAAAGAUUCGGGUUAUGCACUGUGCUGCAACAAUGCCAAUGUUGUUUCCAACAACUUCAAGCUGUUCAAUGGCAAGGAAACCACAAUAAUGUUUUACUUGAAGACGUGUACGGGUUGUCAUGGCGUUGUUUUCUCCUACAAAGUGGAGGAAAAUGCUCCUAUAAGUCUGGACUACAUAGACAAUGCCUUGGAAAUAUCACACGGACAGCAAGACACCUACAAGUCUAACAUCAAACUUGAUGACAACGUUUGGCAUUUUGUAGCACUAACGUGGUCCAAGAGACUGAAAGAAAUGAAUCUCUUUGUGUUCAGAGAAUCUACUGGCACUGUGCCUAAAGUGUAUUCAAUGAAACAAUUCAAGAAGGAACCGUUUAUGACCGGAGGUCAGCUAUCUCUGGGAAAAUUCCAGGUCAGCCAGGCAGAAAAGAAAUGGAAGAAGGCAGACUCGUUUGUCGGCUGCUUUGAUACUCUGGGAUUCGCUGAUGCUGCUGUGACUGUGGAGACGUUACAAGGCCUGUACAAACAGCACCCCAGCACAAUUAAGACAUACCUUAAGACCACAGGGUACCAAUACUAUGACUUUGAUGAAGACCCAUAUGACACAAAAGGAUAUCUUCAAAAUGAUCUGACAACCACAGAAGUGAACUCCUUCUAUGAUGGUAAAGACUCCGGUCUAAAGCUUGAGAACAAUGUGCCUCUACGCAACUGUUACCUACGUACAUCAGAUGCGCCCAUCGCUGACACAGGCACUGAAGUUAAUGAUGCAAGCGCUCGUAAACGAAGAUCAACCAGCGACGACAUUGAAUCAGAUGAUAGUAGACAGUCCAUAGGGAGCCAUUCUAUAUCGAGAAGAGCUGUGGUUUCCUAUAAUGUAAACACAAUAUGUGACAACAUCUUUACAUCCACCUCAUCAAGUUCGCUGGCACGAACAUGUGGAGUUAGCGCUAUGUCUCCCACUCAGACAACUUCCCUCUGGGAAUGCUAUGAUGCCAAUGGCGAUUCAGAUGAUAUUGCAGACUCCAUUGAAAGUUUCGCCACCCAGUGUCAAGAUUCGCUGGGUUUGUCCUUUUUCCCAGCCAACCAGACUUGCAAAGAAUUUGAAAACGUUUUUGAUCUGUACCCUUACCUUGGCGAGAGCUGCGAACCUGAAUGUAAAUUUGGCCAAGUAACAUCUUCAACAAGCGGAUGUAAGUGUGACACCGGCUACUGGGGGACAACUUGUAGCUCAGUAUGUCCUGGUGGAUCAUUGAAUCCAUGUAACGGAUUUGGAACAUGUGAUACAACGUAUGGCCUUUGUGAUUGUCCCAUUAGUCACAUGGGCAGUUCAGACUGCACUGUGUGUUCUUCUGGUUGGUAUGGUGACAAUUGCCAACUCACCGACAAUGGACAGAUACCAAAUACCAACGGUUACAGUCUCGUUGGGCAACUGGGCAGUGUGUAUACACUGGAUGGUAUCACCUACACUAUCAAUACGCAGGGAGAGAUCCUACUUCUAGCAAUCUCAGAUAAUGUAAUUUUCGAAGGAAAGUUUAUAACAUGCUACACAAAUUAUUCCUGUGCCAACUUCCUUGCAGCAAGGAUCGGUGACAGCGCUAGUGGCCAUAUGACAAUAACAGUGCAAUCACAGAAUAAUUACAACUCAAAACCCAUGGUCUAUAUAAAUAAUGUUCGCAACACUUUAGACAACACCCUAUACUUCAAGGGAUUAAAGGUAUAUAGAUUAGACCAAUUUGAAAUCAAGAUCGAAGUGAAAAAUAUUGGCAAAUUUACAAUCAGAAGUGUUGGUCAGUACCUGAACUUUCAAUCAGAAUUAAGCUAUGGCUAUGUUACCAUGACCUCUGGACUUCUCAGUGGGAAUGCAAGCAGCGUAUUAAGUACACGGCUGUACCAUUUUAACAGGGCCUACCGAAAUUCCUUUGCAAUUUGCAAUCAAGCAUCAAAUAUUUUGUCACCCUUACAAAGUGAGAGUGCAUAUACCCUCUCCCCUUCAUCAUUUAGCCAGAGUUACGCAAACGAGACAAGUUUUGAUAUUACGAGACAUAGCAUCACAUCUUGUGAUAACUUUAUUCACUACCCGAACGAGGACUACAAACUUCAGAAACAAGGAGGUUAUAUAUUGAAAUUCAGUGACUCAAUUCUUAAUAAAGACUUUUCACUUGAUCCAAUGUACCCAGAAGUAACAUUUGAAAUGGUUGUGCGGCCAGAAACUUCAAAUACAAGUGGCAUUAUUUUUGGGUUUACAAGCUCAGACAGUUUUGGCAUCGUGAUCUUUAAUGAUUCAUUGCAAAUCCAUGUGUACACUAACAAGAGCACUACAAUUUACGAAACAAAUGUAUACAUAGAUCCAGAAUUAUGGAACAAAAUAGUAUUUACAUAUAACUCAACCUCAGGCAGUUCAGUUAUGUACACUAUUGACGAUGCUGGCGCAAUCUCUUCAUCUGGCGAAAUGAUUCUUAAAGCUAACAUAUUUACAGAAUCAGGAACACUGUCAAUCGGGCACUGGAGCAUUCCUUCUAAUGUUAAUCAGUACAAUAUUGGUGAGGGCCUCAAAGGCGAUAUAGAAAACUUUAUGAUCUGGAACAACUUGAUUGAUGGCAGUCAAGUUUCGCAGCUCCACCAAAUGAACCCAGCUCUUGCUGAAGGCAGUCUUAUAUACGCUCUCCUGUUUAAUGAAGGUGAAGGCGAAUCUACAACAGACAGUGUUAACAACAACAAAAUUGUUCUUCCAAAAUACCCCUAUAAAGCUCCAGAAUGGCACAUAUCAGAUGUGUCCUACGUUGAGACAGAUCUUUCCCACCAACUGUUUGCUUAUUUCAAAAAUUCAACAUUAGAAACUUUUGCAAAUACCCAAUGUCAACAAGGGAUAUUCCAGCAAUCUCCCUGCACAGGAGUUAACAACGCAUCAUUGGAAUUCUAUUAUCUUAAAUGCAGACAAGCAAUAUCAGCAACUUUGGAUUUAACUUCGGGAUAUAACGUUGUUUUGGACGCAUAUGAAAUGUGUAUAUCUCUCAAUAAUCAAUCAACGGGAUCAAUAGUCAGUUACUGUGAUUCAAUCAGCAGUGAAGAUAAAUUCGGCUCAUCAUGUCCAACCACCUGUCCCUUUGGGCAAAAGUAUGACAAUGGCACAUGCGUCUGCUCCAGUGGAUACUAUGGCACACUGUGUGACAGCGCAUGUCCUGGGGGCUCUGAAAAUCCAUGCAAUGGCCACGGAGAUUGUCUAUCGAAUGGAACAUGCAAGUGUUAUUGGAACUGGGCUGGAGACACCAGCUGUGGAAGUUGCAGCAACAUGGUAGGUCCAGAAUGCACCAUUCUGUCUACAACAUCCCUUUCGAAAGAUUCUGACAAGAUAGCUGCUGUUUCUAGCAAUGGCUUCUUCAUGACCUUCGGUGGACAGCAGAUAUCAUUCAUCGGGUACAUAGGUGUAUUCGUUCUGUUUAAACAAACCCAGUUGGGAGUAGAAAUUGAUGUGUACCAAGUAAACUGUGAAUAUGGAUCAUGUGUAGCGGCCGUGUCGCUGCAGACUGCAACAAAUAGUGUAGUUAUUGCCCCUCAAGGACAGGGGUAUGCUCCACAAAUCUAUAUUGAUGGACAAAAAUACACAAUGAGCAACAAGUCAGUAACUAUAGGCAGCAACAUUCGAAUUGACCAAUCAUCUCUCACUGAAAUUUCUGUUAAAGCCACAACCUUGGGUUCGGUUACCAUGACAGUGUUGGUACAAGAACUGUUCUUGCAAGCUUCAGUACAUGCUGUUCAAUCAGUUUGUAAUACUGCAUGGGGAAUAUUUGGAAAUUGUAGUUCAUCCAUGAGCUAUGCGUCGAUGACCGAAGAUCAAAUAAACGCACACAUAGUCAGCAAUUUCCGUCUAGAUGACAGCAUAAUCCUUACUGCAUUGGGUGUACCAUCACAAAAUUCUCCAACAACAAUUGGGUUUGCUCUCAGUUUCAACCAGACCUCCAUUCUGACAAAACCUGUAACCUAUCCAGCAAACAAAGAAUUUGGUAAUAAUGAUUUUAGCAUAUCGUUAUAUUGGAAGCCAUCUUCAUUCGGAGGUUUCAUAAUUUCUUAUGGAAAAGAUACUUCUUUCACCAUUCACAAUUCUGCUCCACUUAAAAUACAGUAUGGUAACAAGAUCGUCACUACCUCCACUAUGCCAGAACAGAAUGAGUGGAACCAACUUAUUCUGACAUUCAAUUUGACAACAAACAAUAUAGAUGUGUACCACUUCAGCAUCGAGUCUCAGAUAACUCAUGGCAUCGUUAACCUAGCGUGUCCCGGUAUAUUCCAGUCAGGUGGAACUGUUAUGCUGGGUGAAUACAUUCCUGUACUGGAAACAAGCUACCGGUACAAUGCAACUCCUUUUGUCGGAUUGAUUAAUGAAUUCUCAGUCUGGAACACACCCAUUCCUCAUACGUUAAUUUAUCAGGCACAUAUGCUAAACGUCAAAGUGUCUGGUUUUUCAUCUGAACUGUCCAUAUUGGCCACCCUUACUGAGGGUGUAGGAACAGUAGCAUUUGAGGAUAUUUAUGGAAAUAAUCUGAUGAUGCCUAAAUCACCCUGGACAUCUCCAACCUGGAUGACAUCAGACCUUGAGUUGAAAAAUGUCCGAGUGGUUGAGAAAGUACGAUACACAACCAAUGACAUUGACCCAGUUGUUGAAACACUAUGCACCACAUUCUUUGAGGACACUGCUGUUCGCUCAAGUUGUCAACACAUCUCCAAUGUCAUCAAGUGGUGGUACAAGAACAACUGUAUGAUAACAGCUUCCAUCUCUGGUAAUUCCUCUGACACAACCAUGUCAAUGGUGGACUUUGCUUCUGUGUGUAAAGUCACGGGAGGCGAUGUGUCAAGCCUGUAUGACAAGAUAGCCAGCCUAAACGUCACACUCCCUGGAUGGCUCAGUCAGAAAUGUAGUGACUGUGCAUUUGGUAAUUCUGAUGGGAAUGGAAAUUGCGUAUGCCACUAUGGAUAUUAUGGUACAAAGUGUGAUUCGGUAUGCCCUGGGGGAGUGAUUAGCCCUUGCAGUGGAAAGGGAGUUUGCGAUACCAGUGGAGCAUGUCAGUGCACAGGCAGGUUUAGCGGCGCCAGCUGCAGCACAUGUCAGGAAGGAUGGACCGGUAACGAUUGCACGCUUCUGAAGCAAGCAGGAUAUGAUCCCUUAGGUAACAAUAGCAACAUCCUUGUCGCACAGGUGAAUCUUCUAGGACAAGUAUUCAUGUUUGAUGGCACAGCAAUCGACGUAACAGACCUUGGUUACUUCCGACUCAUGAUGGUACAGAGUUUAGAUAUUCAUCUGUAUGCAAGGUUCGCUGUUUGCUCCUCUCAAACACUCCUGCAUUCCUGCCUAAUUGGAGUUGUCAUUGAACAUCAAGGAAAGUCGUACUACAUAAGCCAUGAGGCCUACAACAGCAUUGGGCCAAGUGUGGAGAUAAUGACUGAAGAUUCACCAUUGGUUUUGUACAAUAAGUUAACUUUAGGAAAUCUGCAAGUAAACUUGAUGUCACAGACAACGCUGCAAAUAAGUAUAACAGGCUCUGCUAUUGGUAUAAAGAUUUCAUCUAUAAGUGAACGUCUCCUUGUGACAAUCUCUCUAACCAGAGUCGAAUGGGAUGCUCUACAGUCCGAACUAGAUGGCAUUGUAACAUCAUGCAAAACAGAGACGUCAAUCACUUCAACACUGUGCAGUGGUGUAACAAGGCAGACAAUAUGUACAAACCAGCCUGUGCCUGCCAAUUGUCAGCUUCCACAUACAUCAGAAACACUUUCUGUGUACUUACAAGACUCCAGUUAUACAAAUACAAACUUCAUGAACAUCAUUGAGGAAAUAUACAUUUCACCACUCUCAAAGAAUUGCUAUGAAUUCAGCAAAGGCCAGGGCAUAUCUGUAUCAGAAAUGUCUCUACCCCAGACGGAUUUCACCCUUGAACUGCAUGUCAAGCCUAAAGCUAAGGGCGGUGUUCUAUGGACAUUUGAUAAUGGAAAUGACUAUGUGUUCUUACUCAACCAUGACCUUACCAACCAGUUGGUUGUGCACACCAAAUCAAAGAAUUACUUCACCGGUCUACCACUUGUGAUCAACGUUUGGAACCAGAUCAGUGUGGCCUGGAGAAAUGAGGCACAGAUCAUGGAGAUCUAUCUGCAUGAUAAUUCAGGCGUAGCAACAGCGUACGUGAUCAAACUUGCCAACAUAUUUGGGUUACCAGGCACAUUCACAUUAGGACAAGCACCUGCUCAUCUCUCAUCAGCAGUGUCUGCUGGAGACUUUACGGGCCUUAUUGAUGAGGUCAGGGUAUGGGACCGGACACACAAUCCCAAUGUCAUCAUCAGUAAUUUCCGCAUGCGGGUGGAUAAAGAAACCGUGAACCUUAUGAACAACUGGAACUUCAAUGAAGGCACUGGACUAACCGCGUAUGACAGGAUUUCAAACAAGAACAUGAUGCCAGUGGACGUAGGAACGCCACCAAAAUGGGUCAAAUCAGACUUGGAUCUCUCAGAUAAUGAUGCUUUGGAUGUCCCACAGAUGACAACGACAGACAAAGAAAACGCUGAAGCGUUAACAGCAGCCAAAGCCACUUGUUCUAACCUAAUCAGCUCAUUCUCGCUUAACUCUAUUUAUUCAAGCAUUUCAACUUUAUCUGACGUGUUUGAGGCCUUGUGUGUUCAGGAAAUAGUUUCCAGCAAUGAAACCACACAAGCCGAAGUAUUGCUGGCCAGCAUGUCAGAGUUAUACACAAGUAUACAUAAUACAACUGAUUCACCAAUCGACUCCAUGUGUAGUGAUCUUACAGCAAUAAGCACAUACAUUGGAGCCCAAGGUGCGAAUUGCACGCAGUGUAAUUUUGGGACAGUUAAUGAGACAGGCGUUUGUGUUUGUCUAGAAAACAGCUGGGGAAGUACCUGCUCCAAUUUCUGCCCAAGCGACAAUGGUGGUCCUGCAUGCAACAGCUUUGGCCUCUGCGACCAAACGUCAGGUCAGUGUCAGUGUCACCCCCGACAUUACAGCACAGCUAACACUGUGGAAAACUUCUGGAGGAAAUAUCUCGCCAAAGAAAGCAUAGUUACCCAGGCUCAGUACACAUGUCAAACGUGCUCGGGAGAAUGGACAGGGAAAGCGUGCGAGUUUGCCAAGGUUACCUCGAAAUCAACCACGACUGUGACUGGAAUGGUAUAUGGAUCAUACAUCACUAACUUCUUGGGGAUUCUGUUCAUUCACGUGGUACCUGGUACAUAUGUGCUAUUCAAGACAGACACUGUGGAUGUCCAAGUUCUUUAUAUUCCAUGUCCAGGGGACAACCUGUGUCGAAAGUUGACAGAAAUGACUGUCGUUACUACGACAGGAUCUGUACAUAUUCAGCAUAACCCUGAUGGUGGAAACCUCACCGUUCUCCUCAAAGAAGGCAGUAACUUGAAGGAAAGCAUGCUCUAUCCUGUUGAAAAGACUGAAUUCAAUAUACAUAUAAAAUGGACAGUUAAUCCAUAUAUAGAAAUUGCAGUAGCUGGUUCAUCAUUUGUUCUUUAUGACUCCCCACUCGGACUUGUCAUCAAUGCACACCUGCCUACCAGCCAAGGCAACACUAACAACGGUCUGCUGGGGAACUCUGGUCAGGACUGGAUCAGUAACUUUAGGUGUCCAAAUGAGGCAGAUACUGUCACUGAAAACAGCAUUACUUUGGACUAUACUGGAAACUGUAUAAGAAGUAAAUACCAGCCGACAACAAGUGCCAUCCAUGACGAAAAUGGUAAAGAAGCGCUGUCUUCAGGUGGUUAUGCUCUGUACUUAACUAACAAUGUGCAGUUUGAAGCUACCGGGCUAACUGUAGAACAUGGAGCCAAGAAGCUCGCUCUCUCAUUGUGGAUGAAAUAUGAAUCAGUCUCAAUGAAACGCAGCACAUCAUCUUUCACUCUGAUGUUAGUGGAUGUUGGAUCCAGUGAAAUGGUAUUCAUGCUUGAGAAUGACAUCCUUAUGUUUGAAUGGGAUGCCACAUACAACACUGGCCUACAACUGAAGCCUGACACAUGGUAUUACUUGCUCUGGACUUGGUCAUCUGUUACUGGUGAGGCAUCUGUGUUUGUCGUCACAUCAACGACGGUGGAGUCUGCAGACCCUAUUGUUGGCACGAUGAAACAAGGAGAGGCAGUGAAUGUUGAAGAAUUGAAAAUAACUGCCUCAACGUACAAUCCUGUCACCAUAGAUUGCCUAAGGAUAUGGAAAGCCAAGAAGACUGUGGACGCUGCGUACGAAGAUAGCAAGUCCUACUGUGGUUCUACAGACGCAACCACUGACAGCCCCUUGAUGAUAGCUGUUCUGUUUGAUGAAGGGAAUGGAACUGAAGUGGAAUUGACAACAUAUGGUUCUGAUGGCAAGACAGUCUCUGGCAACAUGAUCAUAAGUGUGACUGGCACAGACCUUACUCAACUGUGGAAGCCCUCUUCCAUCCCAGUGGACAACAGGAACUCCCCAAGAACACUGACCACGUACAGUCGAACAACCAACGACGACUACAACACUGCUGCAACUAUCUGUCUGGAAGUUGUCUCUAAUGAGAACCUAACUGAACACUGUUCCUCUCUGCCAACUGGCGUCAUAGAUCACUACCUGGAGGCUUGCAUAAGAGAAUAUAACAGGAUCGGAGAGACAGAAGCUCAGACUAUAAUGCUUCGGUCACUGAUUUUCUAUUGCGGUACUGCUACCGAAACAUCCCAGUGUAAUUUCAAGGACUAUUUCUACUUCUGUGAUGACAUGCCAUCAGAAAGUUCAGGCUUCCCGCUAUGGGUCAUAGGAGUUGUCAUAGGCAUCGUUCUCUUAAUUGCCAUAAUAAUUGCAAUAAUCUGUUUCAUUAAGCAAAAGAAUAAGAAGAAAGAGGAAGAUGAAUUUAUUGAAGUUGACCAGCAGUAUAGGUUAUUGAAUAAUCGAAUAAGGAACACACGAUUUAAUCCAUCACGACUGGGACAUUCCGGGCAACGUGAAACAUCUUUUGCGGGAAGUGAAAGUGCCUGGUCAGAUUAUGGUCGUGAUUCACGCUUGUCCGUUGACUCCCAUGACAGCUUAGCAAGCGUUGGUUCUCGGUUCUUUGAAUCUCCGAUUAUGUUCAUGAGUGACCCACCCACCAGCACGCAAGGAUCUAGGGCAUCGUCCCCGUCAAGUGGCUUCUUUGGGAUGUUUGGUAAAAAAGCAGUUGCUCCAACUAAAAGCAUUCUGGUCGAGACACCAAGUGACAUGCCGGAACAUUUCAAGAGUAAGAAAGACUUUUCACAAGCUGACACGAAGAAACCAACUUACAGCACCGUAUCCAAACUGAUAGGCCGCGCGAGACAGGAAGCUGUCCCAGAGUCUCCACACCCGACACCUGGUCCCGUCGGUCAACCAGUCCCACUUGGAACGCAUGUACCAAGGUCAAGUCUCUUUGGAAAACAAGUUUCCAGUAAAGAAUCGACCAGUCCCACACGAGAUGCAGCAAGUCCUACCAGUAGACUGGGCAGCUUCUUUGGUUCUGACAGCAGAGCUGACGUAAAAGGCAAAACAACUCCGAAACCAGGCUUCUCGCCAAUGCCUAGUACCAACGCAAGUGCUCCUACAAGUAUAUUCGGUGUUUUCGGUGGCAAUAAUUCUCGUGAAACACCCAAACCAGUGUUUGGUAAACGAGAAACCUCCCCUGAGGCUCCAAGAACAUCCCUAGAAACAUCCACAAGAACCCAGCCGACGCACAACCCGAUAUUUGAGAGCCGCGAAACUUCCCCAAUGAGCCGUAUGUCAGUGGAAAGUGGCACUAGGUCGGGCCUGGAUAAAAUGCCGUCGCCAUUUAAGCAGACCGUUGCCAUUCCACGCUUGCCUCCACCCAUGAACCUAAACUCCAGAAAAAAGAGGGAUGAACAGUGAACACUGGACCUUAUGAACUGAACUGGACUUGACAUGAAAACUUGAACAAAAAGAUUUACUUGAAGAUAAAAGAAUGGAAAUUUAUUGAAAGUUAAAGAUAUGAAAUUGUUAAAAGAGAAAUAACUUUUGAGAAUGUUUAUACUGAAUAUUUCUACAUCAACAAAUACAUUUGAACAUUAAAUCAUGAAUGUUAAAUAUGCUUAUUGUUUCUGUGAUAUAAAUCUGUGAUUUGUAUGUAUUUAUGUAUUUGUGUAUUUUUCUGUGUUUUAUACUGCUAAUAUACAAUGAUCUGUACUAAUCAUUAACACAGUUUUAAUAAAACAAAAUGCACCUUCGUCAAAAAUUUAACAAUACAUGUUUGAAACAAAAAACAAAAAAGUUUUAAGUGUUUACAACUAAAAAUGUCUUCAGUUAACAACUUUUAUUAUUGAAAAUUCUCGGAAAAACAUUUUUUUAAAUCAUAUUUAUGAAAAAUUUUCCUCACAAAACAUUUUUUAACUUUUAUCUUCUGUAUUAACAAUUGUUUAAUAUUUGUAGAAUUGUUUAAUAUAUCUUAUUUACUGUUGUUAUGUUUUAUCUCAAAUCUGUUAUUUGUAGAUACAAGAAUAGGAAUUUAUUAAAAGGUAAAGAUAUUAUCUCAUUAAUUGACAAAUAAUUAUUGUGAAUGUUUUUGUUUAAUUUCUACAUAAACUAUGUUAAAACAUUGAAUCAUGAAGAACAAAAAUAUCAAUUUGCUUAUGUGAUAUAAAUCUGUGAUUUGUACGUAUUUAUGUACCGUGUAUUCUUCUGUGUUUUAUAUUGCUAAUAUACAAGUAUCUGUACUAAUCAUUAACAAAGUUUUCAUAUAUAACAAAAAAUUCUUCUUAAAAAAACAAAAUUGAAAAAAAGUGUUAUAACAUUUUAUUAAUUCUUUUUAUAUGGAAACCAUUUUUCUUUAUUGAAAUUUUUUUAACAAAACUUUUUUUUAUUAUUAAAAUUCCCACUACAAAAUGUUUUAGCAAUCUGUUGUUAUUACAAUAUAAUGAUAUUAUAAAAAUUGUUUUAUGUAUCUUAUUUACUGUUAUGUUUGUCUCAAACUUUUGCUAUCUUUCAAAUAAAGUCUUAAAUAAA